GGGAGAGAGGUGGUGAUCUUGGAGUCUGCAGACGCCAUUGGCACAUCGACCAGCUCACGAAACAGUGAGGUGAUCCAUGCAGGUGGCAUUUAUUAUCCACCAGGAAGCCUGAAAGCCAAACUUUGUGUGGAGGGUCGCAAUCGGAUUUAUGACUACUGUGAGGCGCACGAUGUGCCCUACAAAUGCAUUGGCAAGAUUCUUGUGGCGUCCGAUGAAUCACAGCUUGAUGAUUUGCGGCGCUACAAGGAGACCGCACUGAGAAAUGGGGUGGAGCUUGAGUGGCUGGAAGAGAGUGAGGCAAAGGCAAGGGAACCAGCGCUGCGAUGUGUGGCUGCGCUUUGGUCACCAAUGACUGGAAUUGUCGACAGCCAUCAGCUGAUGCUGGCUUACCAGAGCGAUGCAGAAAGGAACGGUGCUACCGUGGCCCUGAAUAGCAGCAUGCUCAGCGGUACUGUGUCAGGUACAAAGAAAACACUGCAAAUUGGAGACAGCAAGACCGGGGAGGUUAGCGCGCUGACCACUGACGUCAUCAUCAACGCGGCAGGGCUGCAGGCGCAACAAGUGGCUGCCAGUUUUUCAGACUUCCCACAGGACCACGUCCCCAAGCGCUACUUGGCCCGUGGCUGCUACUUCAUACUCUCUGGCAAGUCACCCUUCCGGCAUCUUAUCUACCCCAUGCCAGAAAACGGCGGCCUGGGUGCACAUCUGACAUUGGACCUGGCCAAUCAGGCCAAGUUUGGGCCAGAUGUGGAGUGGGUGGACAGCAUAGAUUACACAGUGGACCCAAAGAGGGCUGAAAACUUCUACAGCAAGAUCAGGCACUAUUGGCCGGGGCUGCCUGACGGCGCACUGCAGCCCAGCUACUCAGGCAAGUGGAUUCGACCGAAGAUCAGUGGGCCUGGUGAGAAGAAUGCAGACUUUCUCAUCCAGGGACCCACAGACCAUGGCAUUGCAGGACUCGUGAACCUCUUUGGCAUUGAGUCACCUGGGCUUACUGCCUCGCUAAGCAUUGGCGACCAUGUUGCCAAACUCCUUGAGAGUUGA